AUGAUUUAUGACUUAGUAAGUGAAACACCAUUGAAUAAUGAUCUUUUCUUAGAUGAAGAUAUUGUGUUUGAAUUAGAUAAAGAAAUGCAAUCUAUAGACUUCGAUAAUGAUGAAAUUAUUAGUAAUAUUACUAAACAAAGUAUCUUAAUUAAAAAUCUAUUAGACACGACAGUAACCUUACUAGACCUUCAUUACAAAAGUUUAGAUUUCCUUAGUAAUGAUUCUGAAAAACAACUUACUAUUCAAAAACUUCAUUAUGAAUUUAAUAAAAUAGAAAAUUCAGUAUCUAAACUUUAA